AUGGGGAAAACAAAAAAUAAGCAACGUGUUAAGGGAAAUGUUCAGCCCGCUAGUAGUAGCCGAGCUGCGGAAAUUAUCGCAGCAAGCGGAACUCAAAUUCAAACUGGAAGUUUUGCUCAAUUAUUGGGUGAAUCACCUUUUUCAACUUUAAAUUCCGCAUCAACUGAUAUAGUAGAUAAUACUGGAGGGUCGAAUUUAGAUUCAGAAUUAGUACUUAUUUUGAAAAGAUUAUCAAAACGAGAUCCUAUAACUAAACUAAAAGCUUUAGAAGAUCUCGAGACAUAUUUGAAGAAUAAAGACGAAGAUAAUUAUUUAGUUAAUGUGACGGGAAAUUGGGCCAAAUUUUUUGUUAAAUUGGCAAUUGAUGUUGAUAGAAGAAUACGUUUCUCUACAUUUAGUUGUCACUUAUUAAUUGUAUCCAAAAUUAAAAAAAAAAUCGCACCAUAUCUUAAAGAAAUUAUUGGUAUUUGGAUAAUUUCUUUAUUUGAUCAAAGUAAAGAUGCCGCCUUUAAUACUGAAAAACAUAUUGAAGUUUUAAUAUUCGGACAAACGGAAAUAUUAUCAACUAUAUUUGAAAUAAUAAUCAAUAAAACACCAGAGACAUUAAGUGAUCCGAGGUUUAUAUCAAAAGAGGACAUGAUUUCUAAAUAUUCUAGAGUUGUUACAAGUUCAUAUUAUGCUCUUGCACAUUUGAUUGAUCAAAUACCCGAAGAUUCGUUAUCAAAAGUAGUUCAACAAUAUAAUGGUCUUUUGUGUAAUGCUAAAUUUUGGUCAAACUUAACUGAUCAAAGUGCACUUGUCCGUAAAUCUUGUUAUAAUCUAAUAAAAGUUUUGACGAAUAAAUGGCCAAAAAUGGUAGAAGAUCAUUUAGAAAUGUUGACUACAAUAUAUUUGAUGUCUGUACUAAAUGACAAAGAUAAAUCAGUAUAUGAAGAAUUAUGGAAUUCUUUAUUAGUCUUUACUAAAUAUUUCCCUAAAUCAUGGUUAUUAGCUAGCAAAAGGAAAGCUAUGCUUCCAAAAUUAUUUAAUUUUCUUCGAUGUGCUUGUCAUGGAACUGUAACUAUUUCCUAUCCAUGCAUUUUACCUUUAAUAAGUAAUUUACCUCAAGAGCUCAUUGAUUCCGAUCCCAAAUUCUAUGAUGAAUUUUUUUCAAAUUUUUGGAAAGGCUUGUCAAAUCCUGUUAUUGAUCGAUCUAAUUCUGGAGUAUUCUUACAAGCUUACAUUGAAUGUUUAAUGUAUUAUAUUUUCAAAUUGGAAAAUUCUGAUGAUGAAAAACAGAAACAAAUAGAUUUGAUAGAAAAUAAGUUUUUCAAAUUAAUAGAAAUGUAUUUAGUGGAUUUUAAGUCCUCCGCAAGUUUUCGUACAGAUCAAAUGCGUUUUUGCUUGGGGCGAGAAAUUUCUCGAUUUGUUUUGAAAUUCCCAAAUAAAGAUAUAUCAGAUAGAUUUAUCCAAAAACUAAGAGAUUUUAUAGUCGGCAUAAUUAAAAGUGGAAUUAUUCCAAAUUCCGACUCUAAAGAAGAUAAAGAGAAUGAUUUUAAAGAAUUUUGUCAGAAGUUAAUGGAUUUAUUGUUUUACAUAAAUUCAACUAUCAAUAAUGAAUAUAAGGACGAAAAUAACGUGGCUGAUAAUUUUGUUAGUCCUCUCGUUGAGAACAUAUUUCAAAAUGUUUUGUCCCAAUGCAAAGAAUAUGGUUGUUCUGUGGGAUUAAGUCUUUUACUAUCAAAUAUAGCAAGAGAUUUCUCGUUCGUGGUUCUAUUAAAAAAGGAUACUAAUGAGGAACUUAAAAAGUUCCUUAAUAUAACAUUAUUAGAAAAUAUUUCGACUAUUCCUACAACAUGCUUAGAUUAUUUGUUUGAAUUAUUUUCAUUUUACCUGUUUUAUAUUCAAGAAUCAUCUGAUGCAAUUCAAUUAUGGAUUAACCUUGUUUCUAACUUUGACAUCAAAUGUUCUUUCGACGAUAAUAAUCUAAAUAAAUUAUUGAUUGAUUUGACCAACAAGAUGUUAUAUCAAGAAUUGGAAUUUGAUCUUAGAACUAAGGUUGAAAAUCUUUUAGAAAGAGCUCUUUUAUCAAAAGUGCAUAUAUUGAAAUCACAAACCAAGAUUGAGAUUAUUAAUAUAUUAAUGAAAGCGAUAUCUGCAUGUGCGCUUGAGUUCGAUUUUGAUGAAACUUCCACAAUAUCGAAAGACAUUGUUUUUUCGAUAUUGCAGAUGUUCUCGAAAUUAUUCAAAUAUGAAGAAUUUACGGAAUUCUUUUUGGACUCUGAUUUAAUUUUUGCAAUCUGGCAUAUAUUUGAAUUAACUUUUAUGAAAACUCAUGAAUAUUUGGAUCAAGAUGUUACUAAAAAUAUUCAAGAAUAUUCUCAAAUUUGUUGGAAUCAAAUUACUGAUGCUAGUAAUUCUCAUUCUCGAAAAGAGGUUAUAAUUAAUAACAUAAUUCAUCAAAUUAAAUCCUCGUUGCUUGAUAUUCAUUUUAUUGCAAGUCCUACAGAUUUUGCAUUACGGGUCACUAAAUUAUGUUCCAAAUUUCAUGAGGGUGAUAAUGCGAAAGUGCAUGAAGUCAUAGUUAAGCUACUUCCAGACGAAAAAAAGUGGCACGAACUUUGUGAACCCUUUAUUUCUGUACCAAUUGAUUCAUCUUUCAGUUGUAUUGAUUCAAUGAUAUUACCAAUUAUUGCUGAAAAUAUUAAUGAAAAUAAAGAAUUACCUUCUAAUUGUCAUUGGAUUCUUUUGGAAUUGUUAUUAAUGUAUGUUAUAUGUUCUGAUAACUAUCGAUCUCGUAGAAGUGAUCAUCAUCUUUGGGAUGUUAGUCAUGUAGUCGAAAGUGGUUAUCAAGGAUUUAGAGAAUUUUUGGAAGAAAAGGAUGAAGAUUAUGAUCAAAUAGAUAAUUUAUCAGGUUUAAUUGAAGCUGCGGUAAGAAGAGCAAAUGGUAAUCAUUCAUAUUGGACAAGAGUUUUACAUAUUUUAUGUUCAAAAGUAUUUGAAUAUUCUGAUAUUUCUCCAAAAUGUGCUGAGGAAUUUUUUGAUGUCGUCACUUCUGAAUCAUAUUCACUCAAUUUGACCACAAGAAUUGCAUUCAUUUUGUCAUUAAGACCAUUUGUCGAAACCUCUGAAAAUUUUAAAGAUUUUCAAAAUAAAUUGAUCAAGAAUAUUUGCAAUUUGGAAUCAUCUCAAAUAUUCACCUUAAAAGAUAAUAAAGGAUGGCCAUAUAUUUGUUUAUUGAAUGCAACAAUCACAAAAGAUGGCAAUAUUUUAUUGCCACCAAUUCGAUUCUUGGAUUUAUUAGAAAGCAUUCAACGUUGGCAUGAUACUACUGGAUCUGAACCAUGGAUGGCGUCAAACUUUAUUCAUAUUCAAGUUGCUAUUGCGAAACUUCUCAAUUUUAUGAUGCCUUCUUUAAAAGAACUUAGUUUAUUCUAUUGGGUCUUUAUUUUUGAGCUUGUUCGAAAUUGGUUAAAGAAUGAUAUUUGCUUGGAACUUCGUUAUGAGGCUGUUCAUUUAUCUGUCCAUUUGAUCAAUAUCAGUUCUUUUAUCGACCAAGGUUCUCGUAUUUCUAAUGAUCCUCGUGAUAUUACUUAUGAUACUCGUGAAAGUCAAAAUUUGAUAGAAGAAUAUAGAGUUCAUAAUUCCGAGCUUUAUAAUCUUCUGUCAUUGUUACUAUUUCAAGAAAAAGUUAAUAGAUACAAACUUUUAUCAGAACAAUAUUUGGAAUAUUUAGACAUUUUAUCAUCAGCCUGUCAUCAUUUGCCAACAUCCCUUUUGGUUGAAAAAAAAGACGAGAUCUAUCCAUUGUUAUUAGUUCCGCAUGAAGGAAUUCAAAAGUGUGCCUAUAAACUAUUACACGUUGUAAUUAUGAAAAAGGCAUUAGAACUUUCAGAACAAAUAGAAUUUUCAGUUGAAUCCGUAAUUGUUCAACUUGAUAAUGGAUUACUUUCAGUGAUAACGGAUGCGAAUAAUGUUUCCAAUUUAACUGAUGAUGCUCAUAAGACAUUUGGAUAUUUACUUGUAUGGAGACUUGUAUUUGAUCAAUUUGAAAAUAUUACAUUCAACUACAAGUCACAAAUUACUUCACAUCUUAAAGAAUUAGAUAUAACAUCAAAAUUAUUUGAUCAUAUAUUCGAAACAUUAGGACUUGUUGGUACAUCUGCACCAUAUGAUUUGUCAAAAUGGGAUAUACGAGAAUUUUAUAUUGAAGGCUUUGAAAUUCAACUAAGCACUCAGAUAGGAUUUCCAUUGCUUUGUGCAAAUUUAUAUUACAAAGCACUUGAAAAUAUUCCUUUAGUAGUGAGAUCCUGGUGGUCAGAAUGUAAGAAACGUCAGAUUAGUGUUAACGUGGAAAGUUACACUGAGAAAUACUUUAGUCCUAUAAUAAUUCAGGAUCAACUUGAUAUGAUUCAAAGUGAAGAUGUUAAAUCUCGAUUAGAAGAUGAGAAAUUCUCAAUUAGAGUAGCUCGUAGUUCCAACGAAAUUAUUGCAUCUUAUAAUAUAGAUGAAUACAUAAUGGAACUUAGUAUUCGUAUGCCAAAUAAUUUCCCAUUACGUCAAGCUGAAUUUGGAACACUUGAAAGGAUGGGAACAACAAAUGUUACGGAUCUCAAAUGGGCAAAAUUACCUGUACAAACUGUUGUUAAUUCUCAAAAUGGUAAUAUGGAUAUGGCAUUAAAUUUAUUCAAGAAUAAUAUAAAACUUCGAUUUCAAGGGGUUGAUGAUUGUACAAUUUGUUAUUCAAUUGUCAGCCUUGAUGAUCGUUCCUUACCUUCAAAAUAUUGCCACACUUUUCGAAUUCUACCAGUUGUCCACUUUGUAGAAGAUUGUUCUAAUUUAAGAUUUUUUAAAACUUUCGUGAUUGUAACUGAUUGUAACUGA